GUCCGGCAGACAACGUUCCCAACAGUCGUUGUUCUCUACCAACCCCUCAUAUCAGUGCGUUUGCGAGAAAUUGUAUACACGCGACCAUGUUGUCCCUCUUCCUAUCACUCUCCCUUACGAACACCCUCUUGGUGCUAACCAUCAUCUUAUUAAUGAAAGUGAUAUUCGAGCUCUUCGCGAAGGACCAGACGAAGACCUCCAAGAAGGAAGAUGGACUCCUCGAGCCUCCAAUGCCGAGGAAGUGGCCAAUCAUUGGACACCUGCAUCUGAUGGGGGGAUACGAAGUGCCCUACCAAGCGUUCUCAGCAAUUGGAAGGAAGUACGGCGACCUUGUGAACAUCCAAUUAGGAAAUGUCAAGUGUGUGGUGGUGAAUGGACAGAAAAACAUCAGGGAAGCGUUGGUCACCAAAGGACAUCACUUUGACUCUAGGCCGAAUUUCCAGCGGUACCACAUGCUUUUCUCGGGAAACAAGGAAAAUUCUUUGGCAUUCUGCGAUUGGUCCGACACACAGAAAACCAGAAGAGACAUGUUGAAGAUCCAUACCUUCCCAAGAGCCUUUACCAACAAGUUCUACAGUUUGGAACAGCUUAUGGCGACAGAAAUGCAGUCCAUGAUGUCUCAAGUGAAAUCAAACCACGUGACCGAUCUCAAGCCUAUCAUCCUGCGCCACUGUGCUAACAUAUUCCUCAACCACUUCUGCUCGAAGAACUUUAACGCAAACGAUAGAAAGUUCGUUGAAAUGGUGGACAACUUUGACGAUAUCUUCUAUGAGGUUAACCAAGGCCAUGCUGCAGACUUUUUGCCGUUCUUAAUGCCACUGCACAAAAAAAACUUGGAGAGGAUCCAGUUGAUAUGCCAGAAUAUAAGACAGUUCUUUGACAAUGAGGUUAUUGAGAACCGGUAUGAAGAUUUUGACAUCGAAAGCGAACCGAAUGAUUACGUAGAAUCACUAAUCUGCAGUGUGAAAUCAGGAGCAUCCCCAGACUUAUCUUGGGACUCCGCCAUGUUUGCACUAGAAGACAUCAUUGGAGGACAUUCGGCUGUGGGGAACUUCUUGGUGAAGGUCUUCGCGUACCUGGUGAAGGAGCCUGAGGUCCAAAAGAAAAUGCAGGAGGAAAUUGACCGAGUUGUUGGCGGCAACAGAAGUGUGAGCUUGACGGAUAAAAAUGCUAUGCCAUACACUGAAGCGGUUAUCUUUGAAGCAAUCAGAUUGAUUGCAUCUCCGAUCGUCCCACGGGUAGCGAACCAGGAUAGCUCCAUUGAUGACUACAGGAUAGAAAAAGGGACAGUCCUGUUCCUCAACAACUACGACCUGAGCAUGUCAGAGAAGCUCUGGGACGAACCAAAGAAGUUUAUGCCUGAAAGAUUCAUCAGAGAUAACAGACUGAUCAAGCCAGACUACUUCCUUCCGUUUGGAGGCGGCAGAAGGAGCUGUAUGGGCUACCGAAUGGUCCAAUUAGUUAGCUUCGGUAUUUUAGGAGAAUUCUUACAAAAUUUUACCGUUUGUCCCGUUGAAAAUGAAUCAUACAAAGUACCAGUUGGCUCUUUAGCACUUAAAAAAGACACAUUCAAAUUCAGAUUUGUUAGGCGACAAUAAAUUCAAUUUGAAAUUAGGAGUAUUUAUUCGAUUUAAAUUAUUGUUAUUUAUUUUUUCGCUAAUAAUGCCAGUGAUAUAACAAUUUUUUUAUACUGAUGCAUGACAGAGAAAUUCUUGACAGUUGUGAGUGAGAUUUACAGAGUUUAUACGUUGUUUACGG